AUGGGUUUGUUAAUGCUCAGGAAGCACAUACGAACCAAAUUGAAAAACUGUGGUCACAACAUUUUUAGGAUGCCUAUCGAAAACGUAACGCAUAAAAAAAGAAAGAAUAAGCUUUUUUUUAAUGGGUGGCGAUGGAGAAAACGAAACGUCCAAAACAACGAUAAGAAGACGUUUAGAACUUAA